AUGGGCUACUUUCCCCGGGAGCACCCCGGCGCCUAUCUGGAGAGCUGCCCUAAGGUCAGGAGAAUGCCACGGCCCCGCCAGCCAGACCGCCGGCAGACCGCAGCCCCCAGGACGCUGGCUUCAGGCAAAGGCAAAGGCUGUGAAAAUAAACACGAGGGCUUGGGCAAGGCCCUGCUCUCCGCCUUGGCCGCGGCCGCCGGCUGGCCCCUGCAGGCCUUGGCCCCCGAGCCCUGGAUGCCCGUCACCUGUGCGCCGCCUGCCACGCCGGGGCUGUGGGCACAGAACCUGGAGGACACCUGGUCCCCGGGACACCCACUCACCCCUGCGGGAGCCCCCCACACCUGCCUGAAGACCCUGCCCCCGCCAGGUGGGGAGGAGGGCAGGUGGCGAUGGGGGUUCACUGGCUCCACCCUUGCUCCCGGCCGUGCUGCCGUGUCAUCCCUGGUCAUGGGGACGCCGCCCACCUGCCCCAGGGAAAUGAUCCAGCCCCGCCCCAAAGAUAGAUAGAGGCAGUGCCCUCUCUCCCUUGGAGCCCCAGGGAGACCAGCCGUUGGGAAGGCCAGUGCCAAGUCCAGGCUCCAUCUACCUGCAGCUGAGGAUGAAGUCAUGGCUGCUGUGAGGUGGCCUGAGCCCUCCCAGCAGGCAGGCGCCCAGCGGGGAUCUCCCCACGUGGCCUGGUCUGACUUCCCUGAGGAGCCCGGCCCCCGGGGGAAGGCCUGCAGCCUCCUGGUGUGGUUGACAGAUGAGGAGGCCAAGGAUGGGGACAGCUCGGUGUCAUCGGGCCGCCUCUCCGGCUCCUCGGGGGGCCAUGAGUCAUGCACACCUCCCCACGGGACCUGGAAGGAGAGGGCCCCCCAGGUGCUGGGGCCCCCGCAGCAGCCCAGGGAGCGCUCUUCCCGGCUAGAGCAGCUGAGGGACAAGAUCCGGGCCCAGGCACAGUGGCCGGCGAGCUGCACCUCCCUGGGCACCUCGGCACCCGCCAGCGCCGCGUAUCUCGACAAAGCCCCCACGCCAGCCCCCCGGAGGGAGGCCCAAAAGCCGACAAACCCCGCUCCAGCCCUGGCCUACCCAGGCUCAGGCAUCCUGAGUGGGGCUGAAAGUGGAGUCGAAGACAAGGCAACAGCUGGCCAGGGCCGUGAGGCCUCCAGGGUCUCCCAGCAGCAGGCCUCAGUUCCACGGGAAAAAACCAAAAGGAUGAAAAGUAGUUCUUGCAAAAGAGAGAAGACCCCCAAGCUGCCCACCCCUACGAGAGCUGCCAGAGACACAGGGGCAAACGAGGAUUCUGAGUUGGUUGGUGUUUACGCUUGGAGAAAAGGACAAGCUCUGGUGAGGGUGCUGCUUGGGGCCCCUCCUUCCCUCCCUAGGCUUCAGAGCAAGGCACCCUCAAGAGACUGGGUCCCCACCGCGGAAUUAGGACACGGCAAGAAGUUUGGAGCUGGUGAGAGUUCCCCCGUCCGCCCCCAGCUGCCUAGAUUAACCUCUGUCCGCAGCGACCCGCAGGUGUCAGCAGGCGCUCCCCACCUGGCUUCCUGCCAUUGGCCCAUGAACAUCCAGGCUGCGAUGGCCGUCCUUCGAGACCUCCGCCAGCAAAUCCAGGCCUGGCUGCGGCUGGCCCAGGACGGCCACCCAAGGCGAGGGCUGGAGCUGAGGGACCUGGCAGGGAGGAGGCGGCAGAGCCCCUGGAAGCCCCCAGACUUGCGGGGCUCCUGGAAGAGCCCUCGGGCCGUGACGGAGGGGGCGCCCGCCUCCGAGAGGGCUAGGAGCCUGCCCACGGCGCCGAGCUGGAGCGCCUCGGCCAGGUGGGAGUCCUGUCCACAGAGGACCCGGGCGGCCCAAGGACGAGAUCCCUCCUUCCGGGGGCCCGGGAGCCCCACAGAAAGGCUGAACUCCUUCCCUCGGCGGCCCUGGAGCGCCUCGGCCAGGCGUGCCCCCUGCCCACAGAAGACCUGGGCCGCCCAAGGACGGGAGCGCUCCUUCCAGAGGCCCGGGAGCCCGCCUGAAAGAUGGGGCCCCUUCCUGCAGCGGCCCCAGAGCACCUCGUCUGGGCAGGCCUGGGGUAUGCAGAGGGCCUGGACCGCUUGUGAAGGCCGGGAGGCCCCUGCCCGAAGGCCAUGGAGCCCUCUGGAAAGGCCGAGUCCUCCCACCUGGCGGCCCUGGAGUGCCACCCUCACGCAGGCGGCCAGCCCCCUGUGCCAGGGCAGGGGUCCACUGCUGACCCCCUCGGGGGCGAAGCUCGCCUGGCCAAGGCCCAGCCAGGGUGCCCUUUGGAACACGCCUGGGAAGGAGGAUGAGGUGCGACCCCCGCCGCCCUGCCCGAAGCCCCGGCGGCCCCUGGGCCCCCUCCACGGCUCCGAGUCCCUGCGGGAGGUCAUGCGCCAGAAGAUGGAGGCCUGGCGGCGGCAGGCCCUAAAGAAAAAGGCCUCCGCCGCGCAAGCGCUGGAGCUCAGAAACCAGAGGCUGCAGGGUGCCUACAGGAAGCAGGGGGAGGCCGUCCCCGUGGUCUCCCAGACGACGCCGGGCAUCGUGACCUUCGUCCCGCACUCUGCACAGUCCAGGGGCCUGGAAGCCGCGGGGGGCCCAGGAGCGCCUGUGCUGCAGUGGAGCAGGGUGACUUCCGGCGUGGUGCUGGGGGACCAGGAGGCCCCGGGCAGCUUUUGCCUGUGUUUGAACAGAGCCUUGGACCCGGCCGAGACUCUGGAGGUGGGAGGCCCCCGAGAUGGCUGGGAGGGCGCCCCCCUGCUGACGUCGGCCAGUUCUUCCCUGGACCCCGUGCAACUCCAGGACCUGACCACCCACUACCCAAGCCCGGGGCUGUGCAUCUACCUGGACCCUGAGGAGUCCGAACGCCUGGGCACGCCGGGCCCCCUGCACUUCCAGUACAAGCAGGCCCGGCUGCAGGCCCUGGAGACCACGGCCAACAUCCUGAAGCAGCGAAUCGACGUCCUGACCGACAGCCUGGGCAGGUCCGAGGCGACGGACGCACGGGGGGGGCCCGUCCGAGGCCCGCCUUCCUCGAGCUCCAGCUCCAGCACACCAGCCUGCCCCGGAGCCCUGGUGCCCAAUGUGGGCGGAGGGGCACCCUGGGACUGGGUGGGCACGCGGGCCAGGCCACUUCUCUCUACCAACUGCUCCCCGGACACUGAGACGCUGCCCUGGAGCCCUGGCUGGGAACGGCUGCAGAGCGUGAGCCCAAGGGGCCACCAGGCCAGCAAGCCCCAAGGUUUCGUGGAGGAUGCGUGCUCGGAGCUCGGGGCUGGACAAGAGGCGGACGAGAAACGUGGCUUUCUUCCGGGCCCUGAGCCCCUUCUCAGGGAGGUCACCCAGCGGAUGCGUGGUCUGCUGUCCGGCAUCGGGCAGAAGCCCCCGAGCUUUCUGGAGUCCCGGCAGCUGGACCGGUGGAAGCAGGAACAGGCGCUGGCCCCUCUGCGGCAGCAGGCGGGGCUGCAGGUCUGGGAGACGCAGAGGCCCUGGGGAGCCGCUCUUGAUACCUGGGCUGAGUCAGCCGGCCGACCCUUCCGGGGCUGCCACGGGCUGGCCCCACUCCCUGCCAAGGGGCAGCACUGCCCCUGCUGCCCGGCCACGCCUCUGGGAGGCUGGUGGAAAGCACGGCCCUCUCUGGGGGGCAGGGAGGGUCUGUCGGCCGCCCAUGGAGCAUGGACAAACGAGGCCCCUGAGGUUGGAGACUUGCCCGGCCUUGGGCGCUUCCCUGGGACCCCGCCUGGCCCACUGCUUGUGAGGCUGCCUGGUCCCCGCGCCACAGCACGCACCAUCUUCCUGCCCUCCCGGCGGCUGAUGGAGAAACGCCCGACCCAGGCCAGGCCAGGAAUGGCCCUGGAGCUGGCGCAGCCACAGGUGUGUGUGGACCCGGAGCUGAAGACCUCUGGGAGCACCGUGACAGCCAGACCCAGUGACCCGCCCUGCUCUGCAGCCUGCUGUGUCUGCUACCGAUCCAGCCACUCCACCUUCCCCGUAACUAGCGCUGGCUGGUCUAGCCUUUCCAUCCUUCCACUCUUCACUGAGGUGUGGUUCUGUAUCUCAGAGCCUGUGCAGGAACGGAAACCAGACCAGACCCCCUCCCAGCUGCCCUUGACCAGGCUCUACCCUUGGGACAAGCCCAUCCUCCAGUGGAGCCAGACGAGGCCUCAGAGCGUGACGCCCGCACAGUUCAGCCACUUCACGCUCCAGACGCUGGAGCAGAGCCUGCGGGAAGAGGAGCUGCGCGCGCAGCACCAGGCCGCGCUACUGCGCCUGCGCGAGAAGGCGCUCGAAGAGAAGACGCACGCCGAGCUGGCCCGGCUGGAGCGUCGGCGAGGAGAAGCAGCACCAGAGGCCCUCAGCAACCUUGAGCGGGAGCGGCCGGAGAUCCGGUACCUGCGGAACAUCCACCUGUUCUCCCACCAAGAGAGGAAGCUUCUCCUGCAGCAUCAGAAGGACAUCCGCUCCUUGCAGAGGCCCGCGGCCCUCCUGCGGCAGGAGCUUCAGGCCCGGGGCAGGCUGCCUCACGUGGGUGCUCUCACCUGGCCUGGGGGCUCGGCCUCUGGCCGGGAAACGCUUGUCGCCCGGCUGCUUUGUGGGAAUGUGCGAGUCCCUUGUAAAAACAUCCGUGAGCCAGGAUGGAAGGGGUCUCUGGAGGGGUCGGGUGGAGGGCGGGGCGGCGGCAAAGUGGGUUUCCUGAACUCGGCGGCCCUGGCCGGGCCCUGGAGGAGGAACCAGACCCCCGGUGGCUGGAAGGUGCUCCAGGCCCGGAGGUGGGGGAGCCCGGGGGGAAGGGGGGGAGGGGAGGCUGGACUUGCCCCGGGCAGGGCCACCAUGCAGCGCACUCACCUGCGGAUGGCCAUCUGA